CGGAAGCGCUUCUGAUCCCCCCCCUCUCUCUGUGUGUGUGUAAGAUGGCGGUGAAUGUGAGCGAGCUCUCUCUCCCGCAGCUGGAAGGAUUAAAGUCUCAACUCGACCAGGAGACGGAGUUCCUGUCGUCGUCAAUCGCUCAGUUAAAAGUGGUUCAGACAAAAUACGUGGAGGCGAAGGACAGUCUGAACGUCCUCAAGAAGAGUAAUGAAGGUAAAGAGUUGCUCGUCCCUCUGACCAGCUCCAUGUACGUUCCCGGGACUCUGAAUGAUGUGGAACAUGUGCUGAUCAACGUGGGGACAGGUUACUUCGUGGAGAAGAAUGUGGAGGAUGGUAAAGAUUUCAUGAAGCGUAAAAUCGACUUCCUGACGAAACAGAUUGAGAAAAUUCAGCCGACUCUACAGGAGAAAUACGCCAUGAAACAGGCUGUGGUUGAAGUCAUGAACAUGAAGCUCCAGCAUCUGCACAGCCAACAAACAUCACAAUCAGGAACCACCAAGGCUUAGAAUGAUCUCUCUCUCUCUCACUCUCUCUCUCACACACACACACACACACACACACACACACAGAGAGAAAGUCUGUGUGUCGUCCCAUUGUAAGUUAUCGCGUCCCACACUGUGUACUGAGAUAUAAAAUAAACACUCCUUCAGGA